GAAAGUAUAAGAAAUAUCCUCAAGUUAUAGCACUUGCUGCUUAAAAACUGGGUAGAGACACUCUCACAAUAUUAACUUCAUUCAUAACCAAGAACAACUCAAACAUAAAAUUCAAAAACAGUUUUGUUGCAUAUCGGACUUUGGCCAGACCUAGGUCUGUAAAACGCCCCUGGGAAACUACCUAGGAAGAUCGUGGCCAGACUCAUAUCUAACAUUGCAUACAUCUCGACCAUUCAAAAUCUAGAUGCAAAAGCAUCCUUUGACACGACAUCACGACACAAAGUAUACAAUUCAAUAAUGAAAAGCUGGGGAAUGGUGUUAAUGCAUUGCUGACAUUGGAUAUCGGUACCUGCAAAAAAAAACUUUGAGUUUGAAUACUUGUACAAAUAUAGUCAAAGUCAAGCAUCCAUCCAAUUCGCUACUGCGAAUAUGGACAACAACAAACGUAUCCUGAGAUCCUCAGUCCUGACUACACACACAACAGAUUCACUUCCAUCCAAACCGAUUGCAAAUUUGGAACAACCAGUGAGAUUCAUUUCCAACAAAUCCUCGCAGACCACUCCAAGAACAAACGAAAAGAUUCUACUCAUACCACGAUCCUCCACCUUACGAGGUCUAAACCAAGCUGAACUCACACUUCUUCGCAAGAAACAAUCGCGACUUAAAGCUACCGCAUUAUCCACACUCAAGGACUUACCAUCCGGAAUUCACGUGCGCAAUUUACUAGCAUCAGCGUUAAUUUUUGCACAAUAUGAAGCCGGGACAGCGGUUUGUAUUGAUCCUGCAGGAUGGAUAAUUACAUGUUCCCAUUGCAUAGGCGAGACAGAGAAAGAAUGGAAAGCAAAACCACGACAAUGGCUUUUAUAUUACACCGGUCUUGCAAUUGAAGUCGAAUGUCGUGCUUGGGAUCAGAAACGUGAUUUGGCGCUGUUGAAAGUUGUGACGAUGGAAAUUGGUGAUGAUAUGAUUGAGAAUACUAUCCCAGAAUUUUCAUUCGUGAAAUUGGCGGUACAACCUCCGAAGCAGAAAAUAUCAAUCAUAUGUAUUGGACAACCGGGAAGUGACGAUUUGGAAUCUUCAGGUAGUCGGAAAACGAAGUAUAAUCUUGUUGAAGUAUCAGAAGGAUCUUUUUGUGGAAUGAUACAUGGACAGGAUCCGCAUGAGAAUUCGGAGAUUGGAAGCCUGAAACAUGAUGCUUGGACUUAUUGGGGACAUUCGGGAGCACCAUUGGUGAGAGCUGAUGAUGGCUUGUUGAUCGGAUUGCAUUCUUCGUGGGAUGAAAAUACAGCGAUGAGGCAUGGUGUUCCGCUGGUGGCGAUGAGGGGGUUCUUGGAAGAAUGUUUACCGAGUACGAUGGGUCUUGGAGGGAUUGAGACUUGAUGAUGGGGUAUCCGGUAGAUUAAUAGAACGUUGGUAUGAGAAUUUCCGUGUUUGGCGGGCAGGAGUUAUCCGAUGAAUUAUUGAAUAGAUAUUAUGUUAAUAUUCAAGUGAAUAAGCUAGAAACCCCUCUUCAGAGAAUUCUCAGAAUUGGCACUACUUUGUCUCCACUGUUGAUUCUCGAAGUGCUAUAAAAUGCGCAAGAUGUGCGAAAGUUCACAUUCAUGAAACACUAUGAAGGUGUUUCGACUCGUUCUAGAUGUGCACUUAGGGUUACAAUAUAAUUAUUCGAUCGAAGUACAUUAUACCCA